AUGUACAUAGUUGACGUUCGAUUAAAGUCGUCGAUGUUCGAGAUAAUGAGAGAGGCUUCACAAGAGCUUGUCAGACAUUGUGGUGGAAGCUGUCACCCUACGGUGUCGACGUUGUUGACGCGUGCAAUUGAGAACAAGCUCCGUAAGAUGACCCUAGACCACGCCGGCAGCAGUGAGAUUUAUGUGACAUCCGAAGAUCUCGUUUUGGAAGGUCAGGGAUCGAUUGAGAUCAAUGCUACACCAACGCAGGCUCAAAAAAGCAUCGUUCGCUCCCUAAUGAAAGUUGUUCUUCAUCAAAUGGACAACGGCAUUCACAUACUCACCGAGGGCCAAGAAAACUUGCUGGUAUCACUGUGUGUGGAAAGUUUACAGGUGGAGGUGAGCAUUCCGGACACUGUUUUCCGCAAAUCACAAAUGACUAUCGAAGAGGAGGUAGCGCAAAUUUUCAACCCUUCAAGUUCAGACGGUCUACAGGAUAGUGAAGAGGUAAGGCGUGAUUACUACAUAAAAUGCUAUCGCUGUGUAAAAUGUGGAGAGCUGGGGUUGGAAUCCCGCCAGAUUGCUGAAGAUUUCGAUAAGAUCGAUAUCCAAGAGCCUUCCACAGUGAAUAGCGACGACGAGAGCACACUGGUAUGUAUUCACCCAAUGUUGCCCAACGUGUCCAUUUCAGCGGAAACAAUGACGCAAACCAGAGUUCAGCUUUUGCCCUCGUCAGAGUUUGAGGGACUUUGGGAAUCCUUACACUUUGAGGACAGUAAACUCAAGCAGAACCUCCUAGGAUACGCUACAAUAUCCCUCAAGCUAUCCCACUUUUCUCAAAGAAAACUCUCCGACACUCUAGUGUCAAACAAUAAGCUUUUGCUGGUCCAUGGCCCUCCGGGAACGGGUAAAACGACAGUGUGCAAAGCACUUUGCCAGAAACUGGCGAUUCGUCACAGCGGAGUAACUCAAAACAUUUUCGAAGCCAGUGAAAGCCAAGCGAUAUUCAUCGAGCUAUCUUGUUCCAGAGUGUUUUCCAGAUGGUUUGGAGAGUCUGCUAAAAACCUAGACAGAAUUUUUCAGGACGUUGAGAACAUCUUGAUGAAUAGAUCAAACGAAGAUCGCUUUGUGUGCUUACUCAUCGACGAAGUCGAGACCUUGGCGUCGUCCAGAUCGUCGUCGAUGAACAAAAAUGAGACAACCGAUUGUGUGCGAGUGGUCAACACUUUGCUCACACGAUUGGAUGGCCUCAAACAGUACAAUAAUCUGCUCAUACUGGCGACGUCAAACUUGGUGACUGCAUUGGACCCAGCAUUUUUGGACCGCGCCGAUGGUGUCUUUUACGUGGGGAAACCAUCAGAGAUUGGUACAAGCAAAAUUCUGUACUCGACUAUACGUGAGCUUGUCAAGAACAGGGUCGUAAUCAGUAACCUGUCCGAUACAGCCGCAUUGAAUUCUGCAGAAGAAAUACGAUCAUCGAUUCACCAGAUCGCGCGGCAAUGUGUGACAUCUGGAGUCAGCGGCAGAACACUUCGAAAACUACCAUUAAUAUGUUUAUCAGAGCAUCUGUCUUCUUUACCCGUGCCAAUCAGAGAUUUUUUGUUAGCCUUGGCGCUUACUGUGCGACGAAUCUCUACGUUGCCCAAUCAAGAACCGAUAUGA